AUGGCACCAUCAUUCGAUUGGUGGGCUAAAGAGAACCACAGAGGAACACCAGUAGUCAUUAAAAUGGAAAACCCAAACAACUGGUCCAUGGUCGAGCUCGAAGCCCCAUCAGAAGAUGACUUUCUCUACGACAGCGACGAAACCUCAGUGGCCAGUCGUCCUAAAGACAAAACCAGAAACAAAAACGCCAAACAGCUCACCUGGGUCCUCCUACUCAAGGCCCACAAAGCCGCCGGUUGCUUAACAUUCAUCGCCAAUGCAUUGCUCAACCUCACCGCCGCCAUUCGCCGCCGUGUCUCCUCCGGCAGAACCGACAUUGACAAUGAAACAAGUGGCGACAUGGCCACCGAGAACUUUACUGUUAAAUCUGAGUUUUAUUCAUGUAUAAAGGUGUUUCUUUGGGUUUCCCUUUUGUUACUGGGGUUUGAGGUAGCUGCAUAUUUCAAAGGUUGGCAUUUUGGGGCACCUGAUCUUCAAUUGCAGUACUUCUACACAUUGACGAACCCAUUAGCUUUUAAGGGUGUGUUUGAUUCGCUUUAUUCGAGAUGGGUUUUGAUUAGGGUGGAGUAUCUCGCUCCUCCUCUUCAGUUUCUUGCCAAUGCAUGCAUUUUGCUCUUCCUUAUACAGAGUCUAGAUAGAUUAGUCCUCUGUUUGGGUUGUUUCUGGAUCAAAUUCAAGAAGAUCAAGCCAGUCCCCAAACAAGCCACAGUGGAUCUGGAGUCUGGUGAGGGUGUUGGUUAUUUCCCCAUGGUUCUAGUUCAGAUCCCCAUGUGCAACGAAAAAGAGGUUUAUCAGCAGUCUAUUGCUGCUGUGUGCAAUUUAGACUGGCCUAAGACGAAAAUUCUAAUUCAAGUGUUGGAUGAUUCGGAUGACCCAACAACACAAUUGCUGAUCAAAGAAGAGGUAUGUAAGUGGCAGCAAGAAGGUGCCAACAUUGUGUAUAGGCAUAGAGUGAUUCGAGAAGGGUACAAAGCUGGCAAUCUCAAGUCUGCUAUGAAUUGUAGCUAUGUCAAAGACUACGAGUUUGUUACCAUUUUUGAUGCUGAUUUUCAGCCCAACCCUGACUUUCUCCAAAGAACAGUUCCUCAUUUCAAGGAUAAUGAGGAACUAGGAUUGGUUCAGGCAAGGUGGUCCUUUGUGAACAAGGAUGAAAACUUGUUGACGAGGUUGCAGCAUAUUAAUUUGGCUUUUCAUUUCGAAGUGGAGCAGCAGGUGAAUGGGAUUUUCCUGAAUUUCUUUGGAUUUAAUGGGACUGCUGGUGUGUGGAGGAUAAAGGCAUUGGAGGAGUCUGGUGGGUGGUUGGAGAGAACUACAGUUGAGGACAUGGACAUUGCGGUUCGGGCUCAUCUUCAUGGAUGGAAGUUCAUUUUCCUUAAUGAUGUGGAGUGCCAAUGUGAAGUACCAGAAUCGUAUGAAGCUUACAGGAAACAACAACACAGGUGGCAUUCAGGGCCUAUGCAAUUGUUUCGGCUCUGUUUGCCCGAAGUUAUCGAUCAAAGAUUAGUGUUUGGAAGAAAGUCAAUUGAUUUUUCCUCUUUUUCCUGCUAUAGAAAACUGAUACUGCCGUUUUAUUCAUUCACCCUCUUUUGCAUAAUCCUUCCAUUGACAAUGUGUCAUCCCUGA